AUAAGCAUGAUAAUAAAUGAUAAGUCGAUAGUCGACGUUUAGAUCCCAGUUCCUCAGUCAAAUAUUGACCAGCACUUGAAUCACAACGUCUUGAACGGUGUAACGGAAAUUUUUUAGCCAACACAAUGAUCAGCCGCAUUUCAUCGCGUAAAUUGCCAGAAGCCCAGAAAGUGAAUGCCUUCUUGGCUCAAUAUGCCCGUUUCUUCACUGCCGAUUCAAGUUUGCGUGAUGUUUUAGCUACUAAAAUUCCACAGGAACAGGAACGUGUCAAGAACUUCAGGAAACAACAUGGUGCCACAAAAAUGGGUGAAACCACCAUUGACAUGAUGUAUGGUGGUAUGCGUGGUAUUAAAGCCUUGGUUACAGAAACUUCUGUUUUGGAUGCCGACGAAGGUAUCCGUUUCCGUGGACUUUCCAUUCCCGAAUGCCAAAAAGUAUUGCCUGCUGCCGAAGGUGGUGCUGAGCCAUUGCCCGAAGGCCUUUUCUGGCUUUUGAUGACCGGUGAUGUUCCCUCAAAGGGUCAGGUUAAACAAUUGUCCCGCGAAUGGGCCGAUCGUGCUGCCUUGCCUCAACACGUUGUCACCAUGUUGAACAACUUCCCUACCACUUUGCAUCCCAUGUCUCAAUUCUCGGCUGCCAUUACUGCCUUGAACCACGACAGCAAAUUUGCCAAGGCUUACUCAGAGGGUGUGCACAAAUCCAAGUAUUGGGAAUACGUCUAUGAAGACAGCAUGGACUUGAUUGCUAAACUACCAGUUGUCGCUGCCACCAUCUAUUGCAAUACCUAUCGCAAUGGCAAAGGUUCAAAAUCCAUUGACUCCAACUUGGAUUGGUCUGCCAACUUUGUGAAAAUGUUGGGCUACGACAAUCCAGAAUUCACCGAAUUGAUGCGCUUGUACUUGACCAUUCACAGUGAUCACGAGGGUGGCAAUGUGUCUGCCCACACUGUGCACUUGGUUGGUUCCGCCUUGAGCGAUCCCUACCUCUCAUUCGCUGCCGGUAUGAACGGUUUGGCUGGUCCUUUGCAUGGUUUGGCCAACCAAGAAGUCUUGGUUUGGUUGCGCAAAUUGCAAAAGGAAGCCGGCAACAACCCCUCGGAGGAACAACUCAAGGACUACAUCUGGAAGACCCUUAAGUCUGGUCAAGUCGUUCCUGGCUAUGGUCACGCUGUGCUCCGCAAGACAGAUCCCCGCUACACCUGCCAACGUGAGUUCGCCCUCAAGCAUCUGCCCAACGAUGAACUCUUCCAGUUGGUAUCCAAGAUCUACAAGGUCGUCCCACCAAUCCUCACCGAAACCGGCAAGGUCAAGAACCCCUGGCCCAAUGUAGAUGCUCACUCCGGUGUGUUGUUGCAAUACUACGGCAUGAAGGAAAUGAACUACUACACCGUUUUGUUCGGCGUUUCCCGCGCUCUCGGCGUGUUGGCAUCCCUCGUCUGGGAUCGUGCUUUGGGCUUGCCCAUUGAACGCCCCAAGUCCCUAUCCACAGACCUGCUCAUGAAAAUGGUUAAGAAGUAAAUUAUAACAGAUACCGUACAGUAAUAAAACCAAAAACUAUUUCUAAACAACAACAAAUGUAUCAAAUCUACAACAACAACAAAACAACCACAAAAGCAUAACGUUUUUAAAUGAUUUAGAAAAAAUGAUAAUAAGAAGUAAAUAAUUAAGAAUCAUUUCGAUUGUAAUGAUAAAAAUUAUGAGAGGAUUAAAACUAGCAAAAGUAACCAAUACAACAACAAAUCAUCAUAUUUACCUAACGAACUAAAGCUUAAUUAAUUUUAAUUUAAUUUAAAUACAACAAAAUACAAAAUAAAACCAUUUAAACAAACCAAAAAUAGCAACAACACCUGCAGAAUCCUCAUUUUUUUAUAAAAACAAGGACACAAUUAAGAUGAAAACAAUAAAAUAUAUUGCGAACAUAUGAAAUAUUUAAAAGCCAAAUUUUAAUGGCCCAGAAGACGAUGAAAGAAAGGUGUGUGUAUCUUUUUGAAACAUGGUUCCAUUGUCUCUUUCCCAUGUUUUCGAAGCCUUCAUUCAUGCACACACAUUAAAACAAACUAUUGAUUGGAUAUGUAAUUUUGGAUGUUACAACGGAGAGCCAGGGAGGACUAGACGACAUUCUAAACAAGUUGUAUUUACAUAUACCAUUCUAUAUAUUCGCAUUUUUAAGACCAAACGAAUGGAGAUGAAUCGAAGUUCAACUGCAUACCUAAGUCUAGAUAUUAAAGUAAUCAUGAAAUUAACAAAUGAAUGUGUAGAACAAUAAUAACUUAUGAAAGUUACGUUAUUUUGAAUCAAAACAAAAACAGUUUGUAGUGUUCAUCCAUACAUAACAAUGGAAAUAUUUAAUAAAUGACUAAAGUAAGAGUUAUAAAAAACCGAGUUCUGGAAACAAUAAAGUGCAAGCAGCUUCAUUAUCUACACAUGUCGAAAACA